UCUGUUAUCUCAAAUCCUUCUUUUUUAAACUUAUACUAUAAAGUUUCUAAAGGUUGGAACGCGGCGCGGUUGCGGCGUACGCACAUACCUACCGGUACAACGUCAGACGAUAGAGAGACAAAUAAAAGGUUAGAAAAGAAAAGUAUAAAAUAAAGAUUACGGAUUAAAGGGGGAAAAGACCCCAAAAAAAAUCAUGCGCCGCAACAACAACGCGGGAGGAGCCCCGCGCCGCCGGCCCACAGAGUUCCGCCUCCCCGAUGGGCGCAAGGUCGUCGUCGCGCGCCUACCCGAGGACGCCGAGACGCUGCGCCGGCGCUACUCCACCACCCCUAACAAUAACAACAACAAGGAAUCCACCUCUGCAGCAGCAGCAGCCGACGAGGAAGCCGCCGCCGCCGCCGACAACAACGAAGAACAGAUCGACGUCGAGGUCGUCGUCCACGGCUCCGACGAGCACCGGCGGCUGCUGCGCGAGGCGCAGGCGCACCAUCUUGAUCGCCUGCAAGUCGAUGUCAGCGUGCGCGUGGGCAAUGCGAGUUUCUCGCGGUUCGGGUUCGAUGCGAAGUUGAGGAUGUAUGAUGAUGAUGAUGAUCGUGAUGGUGGGGAUGAUGAGGUUGGAGGUGGGGGCAGUGAUGGGUAUUCGGUGCCUGUUAGCCGGAGUCCCAGCUUCGCGGCGGGGGAUUCGGAUGGGUGUGUUGUCCCCUUUUCUUUUUGGGGGAGGGUUUGUCGUGGGUGAACGAGACUGACGUGCAGCAGCAGCAGCGGCGGCGGCGGCGGCGGCGGCGGCGGCGGCGGCGGCGGCAGCGACACCAUCAAGUUGUUCAAGCGGCCCGUUGUCAAGCAGUACUUCCACGGCGGGCUCCUCUGGCGUGCGGCCAACCAGACCGAGGUCAUGAGCUUUGA